GGUCACGCAUGCGCGUCGCCAGGCGGCGGGUGCUGCGGAGCCGGGGUUGCCGGGGCUGCGGGCGCCAUGUCGGGCCGCUCGGUUCGGGCCGAGACCCGCAGCCGCGCUAAGGAUGACAUUAAAAAAGUGAUGGCGGCCAUCGAGCGCGUCCGGAGAUGGGAGAAGAAGUGGGUGACGGUGGGGGACACCUCCCUGCGGAUAUUCAAGUGGGUGCCGGUGGCGGACAGCAAGGAGAAAGAGAAAUCCAAAUCAAGUAGCAGCGCUGCUCGAGAACCCAAUGGCUUCCCAGCUGACACCUCUGCCAACUCCUCUCUCCUCCUGGAGUUCCAAGGUGCUGUUUCUGCAGAUGAAAACAGCAACCAGAGCUCCCUGUCAGAUGUCUACCAGCUCAAGGUGGACAGCAGCCCCAACUCUAGCCCCAGCCCCCAGCAGAGUGAGUCCAUGAGCCCUGCCCAGACAUCUGACUUCCGCACGGAUGACUCGCAGCCUCCCACACUGGGGCAGGAGACACUGGAAGAGCCCUCCCUGCCUUCUUCUGAAGUUGCAGAUGAGCCUCCCACUCUGACAAAGGAAGAGCCAGUCCCCCUUGAGACUCAGGUAACUGAAGAGGAGGAGGACUCUGGGGCGCCACCUCUGAAGAGAUUUUGUGCCGAUCAGAACUCUGUGUGCCACACGGCCUCGGAGAGCUAACCUGCCCCUCCCGGGGCAGCCCCUUCGCCAGCCCCCUCCCGGGACAGCCCCUUCGCCAGCCCUCGCAGAGCCGCCCGGUCCUUCCCUCCAGCCCGCCCUUCCCCCAGGGAUGCCAUCAAUCCAUCCAUCCAUCCAUCCAUCCAUCCACCCACCCACCCGGGACCCACCCUCCCUGCCCUGCCCUGCCCUGUCCUGCCCUGCCCUGCCACAGGAGCUCCCUCCCCGCCACCCCGGGGGCUGCCACCAGUACCUGCAAACUCGCCUUUAUUUAUUGGCUCCCUCUCUCCCUGCUGCCCUGCCCUGCCAUGCGGGGGGCUCGGGCAGGGGGGGUCUGCAUGUGCAGGGGCAGUUCUUGGUGGGACCCCCGGAUAGCUCCCCCCACCCCCAGCCACUGUUCGACUUUGCCUGCUCCUGGCUCCCCUGCCUGCCCUCUCCGGGGUGCUGGGAAGGACAGAGCCGCUUCCCACCCGCACCAAGAGAUUUAUUUGCCUGCUCCCUUGGGAGCGCAGCC